AGAAGAAAAGCUUAGUAAUUUUCCUCCCAUAUCGCUGGAUUUCGCGAAAAGUGUUGAUUUUAACAAGAUUUAAGGAAAUUUGCUGGUUCUAAAGAGAAGCUUUUUGUCGAACUAAACUCGAGGCGUAACAAGAUGUCCUCCCGAAAGUGUCUUUCCUGUUGAGUUUCGGGGGGAGGACAACGAAGUGAACGCAAAUUACGAUUUCCCUCAGAAGCUGUGUUUGUGUGAAAAUGGCUGCCAAGCCUCCGCAGGACACGUCCGGCCUGGGCUACUCGUACGUGACGCCCGGCGGGAUGUUCCUCCGGCUGCGGAACUCGCUGUCCCAGUUCAGCGACCUGUUCAGCGAGUUUAACAAGUACAUCGCCCCGGCCUACCAUCAUGACCGCUGCGAGCGUUCCGUCCAUAUGCGACUGUACUCGAUGAACAAGCGCGAGUUCGUCGUGGUGUUUUUGGCGUUCUUUGCCUGCUUCGGGCUGGGGAUCUUCAUCGGGUUGGCGGGGCCACCGAUUACGGUGACGACCAUGGUCACGGGCACGUCGCUGAUGCCGAACAGUUCGGGGAGUGGCGGGACAAAUCCGGACUACCUGGCGAACGGUCCGUUUGUGAUGCGGACGCCGCUGAUGACGACCUACUCGCAGCAGCUGUGGCUGAUUGCGCGAAUCGACACGGACAACACCGACGACGAGAUCUUCGACAAAAGCUUCCACGUGAGUGUCGGGAUUGACGGGUUAACCACGGAACACAAACCGGUCACCGUGCUGAGUGCGGACCACGCCAGCAGCAAGAACCGAACGCGUCAUCUGUCCUGCGUGAGCAAUUCCUGCGAGGAGUUCAUAGUGCUACAUCUGGGUUUCCUCGAUUACGCCCACUACAUCAUCACGGUGCGGUUCUACGGCCUGGAAGGGUUCCACCAUCGGUACACCAUCAACAGCGUCCAGUUCUACUUCAAGACGUACAACCCGGCCUUCACCCAGAUCGAAAUCUGGUUCCGCUUCAUCUUCCUCCUGUUCACCUUCAUCGUGACCUGCUGGUUCGCGCACACCCUCCGCAAAUACCCCAUCUACGACUGGUCCAUCGAGCAAAAGUGGCUCUCCGUCCUGCUCCCGCUCCUCCUCCUGUACAACAACCCCGCCUUCCCCCUCAUCUUCCUCAUCAACAGCUGGAUCCCGGGAAUGCUGGACGCGAUUCUCCAGGCCAGUUUCCUGUGCGCGCUGCUCCUCUUCUGGCUGUGCAUCUACCACGGACUGCGGCAAAACGAGCGUAAACUGCUGACCUUUUACGUGCCCAAGCUGAUCGUCAUCAUGCCGAUCUGGCUGUGCGCCGUCGUCCUGGCCACGUGGGAAAAGUGCAACGAGAUGAAGGAUCCCACGUACAGCCACUUUGUCGACACUGGGAACUACAAUGGUUUCAAGCUGUUCUUCUACAUCUCGGGUGCCAUGUAUCUUCUCUACCUGCUCCUGCUGAUCCUGCGAGCCUAUAGCGAGCUGCGCUCGAUGCCUUACUUUGACAUGCGCCUCAAGUUCCUCACCCUGCUGAUGCUGUUCGUGCUGGCCAUCUCCCUGACGGUUACAAUGUGCCGCUUCGGCUUCGGCAUCCUCGAGGACAACUUUGUGGCGCGGCUCAACACGACCUACAAGAGCUCGGCCCAGUUUAUGUGCUUCUACGGGCUGCUCAACUUUUACCUGUACACGAUGGCGUACGUGUACUCGCCAAACGGGCGCCCACUGCACGAAGCCACCAUCACCAAGGACAAUCCGGCCUUUUCGAUGAUCAACGACUCGGACGAGGAGGUCGUGUACGGGUCGGACGAGGAAAGUCGCCGCCCGCUCAACUCGUCCUGCGGCAAAGGGAACGACUACGAUAGCGAUUAAGGGGACGAGCGAUUACAACGGAGAGAGAGAUUCAAACGGGUGCUUCCGGCAGACUUGGAAAAGGGUGGUUGUAGAAGAAGAGCAGCGAAGGGGAGUUACAAACCAAGGCAUAUCUUCAUUUCCCUUCGUCUUGACGUAGUGCUAAACAAAAAAGAGUGUGUAUUUUAUCGAAGAUGUGUGUUUAGAUGUUAAUUAUUUUGUAAAAAAAAAGUGCUGUUUUCAUCAUCAUCGUCGCCAUGAUGUGUGUAGUUGGUCAUUACGUUUCCCCAUCGUUACAUUUAGUCAAUUAGAGCUAGUUUAAACUUCAUUUCAAACAUUCCAACCCCUUUUCAAACCAAAGUACACUAUUUCUUACAAGUCUUUUCCUUUUUACCCUUACUAAAAAUGUUAAGUCAAAAUCUAUUUAUACAAACACAACACACACAUGUAUUAGUAAUUCAGCAUUGUUAGGUGUGUAUUCCAAACAAACAAAACUAAAAACAAUAAAACACAAACACUAAAGGCCAUGUUUAAUUAAAACUAGUUAGAAGUUUGCGAAGAAAAUAACAAAACAACAACAAAAAGUCCAACAACAGCGACGCUUGGGUUCAGAGAAAAAAAACCAAAUAAAUAGUUCUAGAGAAAAUUACCAAAAUAAAACAUUCAAACAAAAUCCAGCAACAACAAAACAAAAACCCUUGAAACACUACUAAAACAAACCGUGAACAAUAUCUACAUCAAUAAGCAGAGCGUAAAAAAUAGGGCAAAUAAGAGGAGGAUGAAGACAUUUAAAGAAAUAACACAUCUGGGUGUGACAAAAGAAUAUGAUGGUAUAACUGGAAAAAAAAUGACAAAUAAAAUAUUUUUACCCAAACAGGUUUAUUUUA